GGCUCGCCGGUGAUAUGGUAUAGACGCGCGCUGUGCUUUCUGGCGCGAAUCAACAACGCGUUCGUAACUAACUUUACUAGAAACAAGGUAAAGGCGAGUGAAUUUAAAGAUAUGUGAACAAUUUUCAAACGCAUGUAUUUAAAAAUGAGACCAGCAAAGAAUGACAAUGACGCUCCGCCGGUGUGACAGCUUACCCACGCGACUCAGAGAAGCACCUGUUCCGGCAGAGAGCAACACUCGAACACAGCCUCCGAAAAUACCUGACUCUGUCACAGUUCCAAAUUUCAACGAACCUUCUAACCGCGACCAAGUUGUAGCCACUUGGAAGUCUCUUCAUACAGACAUCAAGAAAAUAAAAAAUGGUUUUCCUACUAGAAAUGAACCAGCGAACCGUGGAGCCAACAGAAAAGAGUCCAUUACGCACAAUUACAUUCCCGCUUUUGCAUACAAAAAGAGCGUGCGGAGGAAAAUCACUUAUGAUAAUCGGCAAGUCGGGGUCAGUUCACAGGAGGUCGAUCGUAGCUCCUCAUUUCCUCUGGACACGGGCCAAGCGAAUAUUGAGUGCGGAACCAGAAUGGUGCGAAGAAGAACAUUAUUGCAACGUUUACUACCAUGGAAAACUCAAGAGUGCGAUUGUCAAGAACGUUAUAUGCCGAAAUAUCGACCAGUACCUAGACUACGCGCCGAAGAUUUACUAUGUACAUGCGGUGCUAGUGCUAAUAGACUCCAACCUUCGGACAGCAGUAAAAAGUAUGGAGAACGCGGUCGCUCUAAAAGUGUAGGCUAUGAGGCAGCAAGAGAAGUGACUCAGUUCCGCCGGUGUGCAAGUGCUGGUGCCACGGUGGGUGCGGAGACGGCGGCGGCUUUGCGCGCCCGCGCCGCUCUGACCUUAGCUCGCCGGUACUACCCUGAGGGUGGAUGGGGGUGGACUAUCACAGUCGUCGGAACCAUCGUUCAAGUGUUAUCACACGGCCUACAACUCGGCGGUGGCACAGGUGCCAUAGCGUGCACAGCCGCUGUUAAAUAUCGAGUGCCGCCUCUUUAUACACACGGAUGCCUGGGCGCAUUAUCAGCGGGAGUGGCACUUGCAUUGUCGCCAGUGACAGUAGCGCUGUGCGUGCGAAAGUCCACACGUGUGACCGCCGUAGUCGGAGGUCUGGUUGCAGCUCUCGGCUGCCUCUUCACAUCCUUUGCCACGCAAUUUCACCAGCUCUUCUUCAGCUAUGGUACGGUGGUAGGUGUGGGAGUGGGCUUGACACGAGACUGCUCUACGCUGAUGGUGGCGCAAUACUUCAAAAGAAGACGCGAACUAGUCGAGAUCUUUAUCGUGAGCGGCAGCGGUCUCGGCAUCGCAGUCAUGUCCACCUUUAUCAAAGGUGCUAUCAGAGCAAUUGGAUGGCGAUUAGGAUUGCAAGCUGUGACAGGAGUAGUAUUCGUAACAUUCAUACUGGGCACCUUCUAUCGAUCAGCCUCUUUAUACCACCCACAAAGGAGAGCCAUACUCCAUCUCAAAAAUCAGAAUAAAAUCAAACGGAAGAUGAAAGACAGGAACAAAACUGAUGAUAGGCAGCCAUUUUUUGAUUUCUCCACAUUAAAAUCUAAAACCGUCAGGAUCCUCCUCAUGUCGACAGGGAUAUCAGCGUUUGGAAUCAAUACACCUAUUUUCUAUUUAGCAUACCACGCUGAGCAGGAAGGCUUAGGCGACACAGCUGAACUACUACAAGCAUAUCUGGGUCUAGCCUGGGCUGUGGGAUGUGCAGCAUUUGGACUACUAGUGCGUCAGAACUCGGCCGAAUGCCGGAUAGCCCGACAAUACCUGACACAAGCAGCAGUAUUCGUAUGUGGACUAGCCACUAUGGCCCUCACAGCUGUUGAAGGCUCAUACAGGGGAUAUGUUAUGUUCGCUUGGAUCUAUGGUAUAUUUUGCGGAGGGUAUCACUAUUCGUUAAAGAUGUAUACGUACGAACGGGUGCGCUCUAGAAAUUUCGCGCGUGCCUGGGGUUUCGUACAAUGCUCGCAAGCAGUACCUAUAGCUAUUGGAGUACCCCUCUCAGGAUACAUCAACGUAGGAUGUGGUGGAAAGGCGGGCUACUAUUUUAGUUCUACGUGCUCGCUUAUCGGUUCACUGUCACUCUUCUGCAUUGAUCUGCAUCGGCGCAGCGUUGCGCAUAAACAAACCAAAGAAAAUGGUGGAAGCACAUUAUGUGAGACGGUUGUGGGUGGGUCGACGCGCCGCAGUCACUCUCGCGACCGUGAACCUCGCACCGCCACCGGCGCUGCCACCGCAUUAGUUUUAGGAGCAGAAUUAAUAGCGCCAGGCAGAACCGGCCGUGAUCUACUCCUGGAUAGCAUUGGACCAGGUAGCCUUGGCUCCCCUCCGACCAACGUACCUCCGGAGCUCACGUGCAUCAGUGAGGAGGGCGGGCUAGACCUGGACCUGGAUUUAGAUAUACCUGAACAUCUCCUUGAGGAUUUAGAUUGCGGUGGUGACUGUAUCACUAGUUGUAAUAAGGUUGAAAACUAUCUGAUGCUGAGCGAAUACGAGAACAACCUCAUAGCGGAGCUGCCAAACUUGAACGAGCGUCGCAGCAGGCGCUGGUCCAUAGUUAUGGCGAACUCUAACCAGCAAUCCACCAUUCCUGAACAACAAGACUCUCCGGAGCAUACCAAAAACUCAAUCAAGUGGAAGAAAAAGUGCCAUAAUACAAACAACAGACUGAUCACAGUGAUUAACGAAGCCUCUCUAUGAAUUCCUAGUGAAAUAAUAUUGAGACAAUAAAUAGAAAGUACCUAACGGAUAGUGUAUGACCUAUUUAACCUCAUUAAUUUAUUUGAUGUGUGUGAAGAGUAGAAUUUGUGUAUUGUUCAAUAUAAUUUAUUAAAUUAUUAUGAAAUAUU